GCAGGCGCUCAUCGAAAAACCCUUCACACUUUUUUUUGGCUUUCUUGCUUCCUGGAUUUUAGCCUUUUCUGCACCUUCCAAGUUCCAUGGAUUGGAGGCAGAAGCUUGUGCUCACAGCUUUUGUCAUUGCUGUAGCAGCCAUAGAUUGGGCAGAGGCAGAGACCAUGGUCACUGGCACCGUCUUCUGUGAUCAAUGCAAGGAUGGUCAAAUAUCCCUCUUUGAUUAUCCUCUUAAUGGAAUUAAGGUCUUGAUUAGCUGUGCUGAUAGUAGUGGGCAAAUCUCAAUGUCAAGAGAAGAAACCACAAAUUUGUUUGGGAACUAUGUCAUGAGGUUUGAUGGCACACCAGACUUGAGCAACUGCAAUGCCCAGGUUUCAGGCACCGGACAAGGGUCUAGCAGGUGCAGCGCGGCAGGCGGCCCUGCGCAAAAACUCAGACUGAUGUUUAGAAUGUUUGAUAUAGAGAUGUAUGCUGUGGAUUCUUUGCUUUCUGAGCCUGCUGAGCCUAUGUCAUUCUGCCCAAAGUCAAGGAAUCCUGUGCCUGCACCAGCAAGACCCACCAGACCUGCUGCCCCGAUAGCACCGAGAGGAUCUCCUCCGUCCUUCAGGUUUCCACCAUUGCCACCAUUGCCACCUUUGCCACCCUUGCCCUCAUUGCCCCCAUUGCCUCCAUUCCCGCCGGUACCAUUCCUGCAAGAAGAAUCAGCGUGUCCACAUCAGAACUGGACAAUGCCACAGUACAGAUGCUACUGGAGAGCCCUGAAUCCAGACUCAAAGGUUGCAGUUGUUUUUGGUCCCAUAGCAGCCGCAAGAUAUGGCAACGAUAUGACUCUGUGGGGAAGUCUACAAGGGAGAGGAGACCCCUACAAAACCCUCCUUAGGGAAGCCACAACUUCACUUCUCAACUCCUACAAUAGUCUUGAAUUCCCUUACCAUACAAUUGGAGUCAUCACACACACGAAUUUAGCAUUGAGAGGCUCCACUCGCAACGUCCUUGUUACUGCAUUGAGGUUCAUGAGGGCUAAUUCUGGGUUUGGCAGAGUCCCCUGCAAAUUAACCCCAUGCAAAUGAUCUCCUCAUGCCAAUCCUAGAUUAAUUAUAAUUUAUUAUCUAUUGCUACUAUAAUUACCAAAAAGAAAGAUUGUUUUCUAUGAAUCUAUGUAUUUUAUGAUAUUUUGUAUUAUCUCUUCUUAUGUUUUAUGUUCGAAGUAGGCCAGCGUAGGUUUGCCGAACAAAAUUUUCACUAAUAAUAUUGUUAAUCAUAAGAGGGUCAUGAUUCGGAGAUAGUGAUGUUUUUCUCUUGACCUUUUUCAAAAUAAACUGCUUGAGCUGUU